UUCCGAUAGACCUCGUGACGGCAGAGACGAUCGGACUUUGUGGAGGGAAAGGACAACGUUGUUUGCUUUUGGAAGAGAAGGUGAUUGAGAAGAGUGGUUGUUGCGGCGACUUUGCCUUAAGCUGUGAGGCUGUUUGCAAACGUCAGAGCGCCGCACCAGUUAUAAACGUGCUGCAUCUUAAUUACCCGCCGGCACGACGGCCCGCGCCGGCAAGGCUCUCUUUCGCCGUCGAUCGUUGUGGUUGUUUGCAGGGCCAACUACCGUCAAUCACCUCAACACUGGCACAUCCCACUAGUCACCACUGCAAUGUCUUAUAUGGCGUUUACAGAAUCACCAUCGGUGCCUUGUCGCAAGUACCCGCUCGGUGAAUGCUACGACGGGCUCUGCAUGCGCGAGCACCACCCCAACCUGAGCCCAUACUUGCGCGAUUACCAAGAGCAAGAAUUCGAGGUGUCGAAAGAGCCGGGCGUUGCUUGUCAACGAUGCUUGCAGACAAUGAGAGAGUGCGACAAACGGGGCCGCGGCGGCGAAGACGACCCUUGCUCGGAGUGCCGCUGGUUCGGAGGCGAGGAAUGUCGAUGCACCAUCAUCCAGGACUGGAGCUACAACGACCAAGCGUGGACUCAGAUGAUGAUGAACGCCGACGAAGACUAUACGAUCUUCACCGCACCCAGACGUCGCGAUGUUGACGCCAACCCCGACGGAUCUGCACCCAUCGCCAUGCCAGCUGCAAGGGUGAAGCCCGACUGGAGAGGUGAAUCGAGGGAUGAGCUGCUAGCAAAAGAGGAAAUGCUCCCCUACUUCGUCCGCGAGCUUCCGAGAGCCUACCUAGAUCCUUCGUGGGCGUCUCUCCAGAACCAAGAAACGGCUGCCUCCAAUGCCAGUGAAGCGUCAGAGGGCCAAUCCGACGGUGAAGACAGCGAUGUGAUGUCCUUCUUCGAGCCGAGCACUUCAGCCUCGGCACUGCCGCAAUAUCCAGCGCCAUGGUACCCCCGGCCUCCAGCAGACCCGAUCGCCGGCGAGGUUGUGGCACAGACCUGGUCGUGGAAAACUGGCAUGUGGAGGUUUACGUACGCGAACGGCGUUGAGGUGACGACUUGGCCAUCGGACCGGAAUGCGAACGCUCCCCCACCGAGCGCGGAUACUUCUGUACACUGCACUCUGUCACAACAGGUAGACGCUCUGUCUCUGUCUGGACAGUACUCGAAUGCCCUCGCGCCGUCGACCGAUCACGGUGAUGAUGAGCGCCCAUCGAAAAAGCGGCGCACAAUGCAACAAGCACCGUCUAGCUCCGCGGUGACUACUCAACAGCCAACCGCUAGGCAAUCGGCCGUCGAACAAGGCCGACCCGAUGCGCCACAAGAGACGUUCACCUCGAUGGAAGUGGACGUUCCCGCCGUCGAGGAUCCAUUCCUUGCCGCGACGGCAGUGAAGAGAGUGCGCGAUGAGGACCAGAUCUACGAGGCCUGGGAAUCCGACCAGUGAUUUUCGUUUCGCCUUUGUUUUUAUCACUGGCACCGACCACCCGCCUCUGUUUUAUCAUUGGCCCCUUAGCAAUACUCGCCCUUGCUCUU